GGAGCCGCGGCGGUGGCAGCGCGCAUGCGCAGCUGGUGAUGCCCCUGAGGAGAGCGGCGGGGCCGGGAUAACGGUGCGCGGAGGAGCCCUUCCCCCGCUCUUCAGACAACCAGGAUGCUCUUCCAGUGGGACUGGCUGUGCUUGGGUGUCCUGAUAAUGAGCUCAGUGACUGCAGAAAUUGAAAACAAAGAAGCUCCAGAAGCAGAUGUUGAAGUGGAGGACUUUGACAAGCAGGCUCAAGAAGCUGAUGUUGACAGAGAUAAAUCUUCCUUACAGGUUGUGUAUGAGACUCCAAAGCCAACUGGGGAAGUAUAUUUUACAGAAACAUUUGAUGGAGGAUUGGUUGGGUGGGUGUUGUCUAAAACCAAGAAAGAAGACACAGAUGAUAACAUUUCUAAAUAUGAUGGAAGAUGGGAAGUAGAAGAACUGAAAGAAAACAGAAUGUCUGGAGACAGAGGAUUAGUGUUAAAGUCAGUGGCAAAGCAUCAUGCAAUAUCAGCUAUGCUAACAAAGGCAUUUAUUUUCAAUGAUAAGCCUUUAAUUGUUCAAUAUGAAGUGAAUUUUCAAGAAGGCAUUGACUGUGGUGGUGCAUAUAUUAAACUUCUCUCCAGCAGUGAUGGCUUGGAUCUGGAAUACUUUUUUGACAAAACACCUUAUACUAUUAUGUUUGGACCAGAUAAAUGUGGAGAAGAUUACAAACUACACUUUAUCUUCAGACAUAAGAAUCCUAAAACAGGAGAAUAUGAUGAAAAACAUGCAAAACGUCCUGAUGUAGACCUAAAAAAAUUCUAUUCCGACAAGAAGACCCAUCUCUAUACCCUUGUGCUAAAACCAGAUGAUACAUUUGAAAUGUUAAUUGACCAAUCAGUUGUUGGUAAAGGAAGUCUUCUUGAGGAUAUGGUUCCUCCAGUAAACCCUCCCAAAGAAAUAGAGGAUCCUAGUGAUAAGAAGCCUGAUGACUGGGAUGAGAGGCCAAAAAUACCUGAUCCAAAUGCUGUCAAGCCAGAUGACUGGGAUGAAGACGAGCCUUCCAAAAUAGAAGAUUCUGAUGCUGUUAAGCCUGAGGGAUGGCUUGAUGAUGAACCCCAGUAUGUUCCAGACCCUAAUGCAAAAAAACCAAAGGACUGGGAUGAAGAAAUGGAUGGGGAGUGGGAAGCCCCUCAGAUCCCAAAUCCAAAGUGUGAGACUGCACCUGGGUGUGGGCUCUGGGUGCGUCCCAUGAAGAAUAACCCAAAAUAUAAAGGAAAAUGGAAGGCACCUAUGAUAGAGAAUCCUAACUAUCAGGGAAUCUGGAGCCCUCGGAAAAUACCAAACCCAGAUUAUUUUGAAGAUCCUCACCCAUUCAAGAUGACCACUAUCAGUGCUAUUGGCUUAGAACUCUGGUCUAUGACAUCCAAUAUCUACUUUGAUAAUUUCAUUGUGUGUUCAGAAAAAGAAGUAGCAGAUCGUUGGGCAGCAGAUGGCUGGGGCUUGAAGAAAUUAGUAGCAAGUGCUAAUGAGCCUGGGAUGUUUAGUCAACUGGUGACUGCUGCAGAAGACCAUCCAUGGCUCUGGGUUCUUUACAUCUUGACUUUAGCUCUCCCUGUUGCUCUAGGUGUGUUGUUCUGCUGGCCAGCAAAGAAAACAGAUGAAGAUUAUGACUUAAAAAAACAUGAUAGACCUAAGGCAAUUACAAAAGGAGAACUAAAACAAGAGAUAGAUGAGUUAGAAGAGUAUGAAAUGGAAUUAGAAGAAGAAAAAGAAAAUGAAGAUACUGCUGAGAAUGAGAGAAGAGAAAUGGAGGAGACAAAAAGAGAGCUUGUAAAUGAUACAGAGAAGAUGGGAAGGGAGGCUUCUCCUUCAGAAGAUGAGGGUGAAGGUGGUGAAUAUAUUUACCAUGAAGAAGAAAAUGAAGUUGCAGAUGGAAGUCAAGAAGAAAGUUUUAAGUCAGAUAAAUCUGGUUCAGAAGAUGAGAUGAAAGAAGCUGAUGAAAGGCCAGGUUCUGCAGAAGGUCCACUGAAAUCCGUGCGGAAAAGAAGAGUACGAAAGGACUGAGUUAAUUCUAGCUCCAAGUAUUUGUAGGUCUAAAUAACAGUAACCUUUGGUAGACACUUCAGUGGGUCUGACACCAUGCAAGCUUUUGAGAUUUGGAAACAAAAAGGGGGGGGGGAGGGGACUCAUUGCUACUGAACCUCCUAUUUUAAUACUCUAACCUCUUUUAACCCUCCCAGAAUUCCUUGAAUCUGUUUUUUUAAGGUGAAAUACUACCUGUGAGGAGUUAACUGAUGUUUUUAAUUCAGGAUAAAAGUGAAAUUACAAGGUGGCCAAGUGUUUUUAAGGUGAAUAUUCUUAAAAUGUGAAGAUUCCUAGACAUUCGUAUUAGUUGGAGAGUAACUUAUGCUAAAUAUUUUUUAAAAACAUGAA